GCUUCCUGAGCCGGGCUGUCUGGCAUCGACGCAAUAGAUCCAACGAGCCAAAUCCUUCCCAACUUGCCCACCACUGAUCGAUCCAUUAUUCUCUGGGGCAUAUUCUUUUUUUAACUUACAGUUAGCUGCGCUUGCUCUUUUCACACCCGCUCCGGUUACUACCAGAUUUCCGCCAUGGGAGACGUCGCCGUCGAGACCCCGGCGAACAACGUCACGCCUCUCACCAAGGCAGCUCCAUUGGACACGAUCCCCAACAUAGACUCGCUCGAGGGCACAGGAAAUGAUGGGAGCGAUGAAUACGCCACACUGAAGAGAUUGCAGAGACACCUAGAGUACAUUCAGCUUCAGGAGGAGUACAUCAAGGAUGAGCAAAGGAGCUUGAAGAGAGAACUCGUUCGUGCGCAGGAAGAGAUUAAGCGGAUACAGAGUGUGCCUUUGGUUAUCGGCCAGUUCAUGGAGGCGAUCGAUCAGAAUACCGGUAUUGUGCAGUCGUCGACCGGUUCGAAUUAUGUCGUCCGUAUCCUGUCCACGCUCGACCGCGAGAAGCUCAAGCCUUCGUCCUCGGUCGCACUCCACCGUCACUCCAACGCCCUUGUCGAUAUCCUACCUCCGGAGGCUGACUCCUCCAUCGCUAUGCUGGGCGAGAAUGAGAAGCCUGAUGUGACCUAUGCGGAUGUUGGUGGUCUUGACAUGCAGAAGCAGGAGAUCAGGGAAGCAGUCGAGCUGCCCUUGACGCAAUUUGACCUUUACAAGCAGAUCGGUAUCGACCCUCCUCGCGGUGUUCUCCUUUACGGCCCUCCCGGUACGGGUAAGACCAUGCUGGUCAAGGCGGUGGCAAACAGCACAACCGCCAGCUUUAUCCGUGUAAACGGCUCGGAAUUCGUUCAGAAAUACCUGGGUGAAGGACCUCGCAUGGUUCGUGAUGUUUUCAGAAUGGCGCGGGAGAACUCACCGGCCAUCAUUUUCAUCGAUGAGAUUGAUGCCAUCGCCACGAAGCGUUUCGACGCCCAGACCGGUGCAGACCGUGAGGUGCAGCGUAUUCUACUGGAGCUUCUCAACCAAAUGGAUGGAUUCGAGCAGUCGAGCAAUGUCAAGGUUAUCAUGGCCACCAACAGAGCCGAUACUCUGGAUCCGGCCUUGCUACGUCCGGGUCGUCUGGACCGGAAGAUCGAGUUCCCGUCUUUGCGCGACCGGCGUGAGCGCCGGUUGAUUUUCUCUACGAUAGCAUCCAAGAUGUCGCUUUCGCCGGAAGUUGACCUGGACUCGCUGAUUGUGCGCAAUGAGCCCCUCUCGGGUGCGGUCAUUGCCGCUAUCAUGCAAGAGGCGGGUCUCCGUGCUGUCCGGAAGAACCGUUACAACAUCAUCCAGUCUGAUCUCGAGGAUGCUUACGCCGCCCAGGUGAAGACCGGACAGGAAGCGGAUAGGUACGGGACAUUUUCUAAUCUACCCGCGAUCGGGACAUGGCUAACCAAGCAUAUAGACUUGAAUUCUACCGGUAAAUCAAGUAUGGGACGUGCAUCAGGCUGGAUAUCGGAUUACGCAAGGCGAACAGGGGGACCGUUAGCUGUAUUAUCAACAUCUAGGCUAUUUCAUAUUAGGACAACGACUGACGCAUUGGGUAUUCCGCUGGGGUAGUCUUAUCGGUUGGGACCAAGUACCUUCGUAGAACUGUAACCCACGCUAAUACCGCCAC